AUGAUUCAGAAGGGGAGGGUGGUUCCAAGGCUGUCUUCUGCCCAUGGACUUGACCAAGGAUGCUGCCUCUUGUUAUCGGCUCACUGGCUCAUGGAUAGGCCCGCUCCCCAAUGGCCUGCAUGUAAACAAGACAAACAUGGGAUCUGUCUUGAGCUAUCUGGUCAGCAUCCUCUCUUCGUGACUGGCAGAUUGUCAAUCAAUCGCAAAACCAUCUUCAUCCGAACUUGGCUGCUUGUACAACUCUCAAAUCCAUCCUUGAUUCCAUCGUGCGCAUCGAGGUGUCUUAUCGAUAAGCCCCGCGGCCUCGGCAUCUCUGUCCCUUGGCGCGAACAUGCGUUCACCAAAUUGGCCAUACCUAGUCGAACAGCCAAGUCCAAUGACGCGAUUGCAGACGCGAAGCACGCAACAACUGCCUGUUCUCCUGCACGCACCGAACACGGCACACUCGUUCGGCUGCCAGUUCAUCUAAUAAACUUGAUAAACCAUAUGCCUCCCCAGAGCAGAGGUAGCCAUGUGCCACCGGGCUUCCAGUCCAAAUCAACCCCCAAUCUCCCGACAUUGCACUCUGUAGAGGCCGCGAGACGACAGCGAGAACAUCAUGAUGCUGGCUACAUUGCACCUGAACCCCCUUCUGCGCGCGGCCCCGAGCUGGGCCCUCGCUCGCCGGUACCCAACAGCGCUCUAUCGGGAGCAGCGUCUGCCGAGGACAGCCAGGAGGAGGAUCAAGACACCCUUGCCAUAGACGAGUCUGAGUCUGAGAGUGAAGAGGGCGAAGAGACCAGUCCUCCUACCUCUCGACCCCUCUACACUUCACGCUCCCACACUCAUCUCCCACAACACACGGCCACCGCGCUCUUCCCACCCUUCUAUAAUCGUCCGCCGACCCCUCUACCACCCUCGCCGUCCUUGACCUCGCUGCUUCGCCCACCGUUCGCCUCAUCGAGACCCACAACACCCGAAUCAUCAGACGUCGAAUCGCCUGCACAGGCAGGACAGCGUGCUCAUGGCAGCAGCACACCUGGCGCCAACGCAGCGAACCUAGUCAACUCUGCACGUCUUGCCCCAACAGUUCCACGGGCGUCUCCCAAAGUACCAACCUACGAGUAUUAUGGCUUCGCGCUAUACCUGGGAAGCUCCGCUGCCUUUCUCAUGUACAUUCUGUGGGCAUAUGUACCGGCUCCAUUGCUGCACCAAAUGGGCAUCCACUACUACCCGAACAGAUGGUGGGCCCUGGCCGUUCCCUGCUGGUUGGUAGUACUGGUCAUCUACAUCUACGUUGCUCUCGCAAGCUACAACACGCGCUAUCUUACAUUGCCCUUGAGCAGCUGCGAGAACCUAGUCGACGAAUGCGCUCAGAUCGCCGUGGUAGACAGGACCACUGGCCAAAUUGUGCGCGACCCGGUCCUGGUCACCGACAAACUCCACGACAAGGAUAAGGAAAAAGCUUCAUCCGCCCUCCAUCGUAGCGACUCGUUUUCAAGGUAUCGAUUUGAGGCGUCUGACGACGUGGAUUGGAAAGGAUUUUGGAGCACAGGUACCGACGCCGUCAUGGACGUUCCAAUCGGUGGGGUCUGCGAGAUUCUGUACGCCAGCGAAGACUGA